AAGCACGGUCCCUUAGAAAUCCGAUCCGAAUCGGCAUUCGUUCGCUCCGCGUCCCGACUCCUAACAUUCAUCUAUGGACAAAACAGGCGACCAAGUGUUUACGUGGAAGGAGAAGCAUGAUAUUCAGCAUGAUGAUUGGUCUACUUAUUUUCCGACACGAGGUUGACUAACUCAUAAGUUCCAGCGCCCACGCUGUGCAGCUGAGGUUUCCUAUAUCUCAAUUUUUCCAUUCAACUUAUUAUAGGUUAUCUCGAAAUGGGUGUAUCAUAUCCUGAAAAUCCGCUCAAGGAAGACGGCGCUGAGGUUGUCGUUCCUCCCUCAUCAACGGGUGGGAUGUUCGAACGGUUAUGGGAACUGAUUCCCCGAGGCGGCAGCAAGAAUUUAGCAUCCGAAGCGACGAGUUGUCACCUUCCCGAGACAACGUCUACCAGACGGCGAGCAUCAGUCGCGGAGCACUCGCUCGAAAGAGAUGAACACCUUUCCGAACACCUGCCUGAAUUUCCCAGCCGACACGAUGAUCAAAGCAAACCAUCUCCUCCACAGGAAACCGUCCUAUACCUGGCCUACGGCUCAAACUUGGCUUCGAAAACAUUCCUAGGGAUGCGUGGCAUUCGGCCCCUCUCUCAGAUCAACGUCAUUGUUCCCGAAUUACGAUUAACCUUCGAUCUUCCUGGACUGCCAUACAUCGAGCCUUGCUUCGCAGCGAGUCAAUUCCGCGACGCCUCAUGCAAGGGAACGGAUACAGACCAUAUCACAGAUAAUGAAUUGGAAGGCGAUCUGGCAUCGGAAAAAACAGUGCUCAUUUCCCAACGAGAGCACGAUUAUCUACCCGACGAUCCUCUCGUCGGUGUUGUGUAUGAGGUCACCCUUACCGAUUAUGCUCGCAUUAUAGCGACAGAAGGAGGUGGGAAUGGAUACAAGGACAUCGUUAUAGAUUGCUAUCCAUUUUCCGAAUCUUACGACCCAACUCAGCCCAUUCCAGACUGUCCAGAAUCGAAACCAUUCAAAGCACAUACCCUUCUCGCACCUGUCACGAACCUAGACGAGAUAUCUCGGCGCGCUUAUGCGCAGCGAACACACUCAUUUGUCCCUCGAUCUGGGCCCGCUGUGCGGAAGCCUGGGUACUCCCAGCCAUCCGCUCGCUACCUCAACUUGAUCCUCACAGGGGCAGCCGAGCAUAAUCUUCCUAUCUCUUAUCGGGCACAUCUUUCUCGAGUGCCAACAUAUCGUAUUACAACUGUUCGUCAAAAGAUGGGCAGGUCGAUAUUUCUAGUGACAUGGGGUCCACUUAUGCUUCUGGUGCUCACACUCUCAAGGACUCUAGCUGGUCCGGAUGGUCGUAGUCCGCAAUGGUUGAUGAAGCUGUCGGAUAUCAUAGGAACCGUGAUGUGGGGUUCUUACGAAUUCAUAUUUCGACCACUUUUUGGAGAUGGUGAACGAACUAUGGAGUAGGGAACAUGGUUAAAUUUCCAAUAUAUAUAUAUAUAUAUAUA